AUGAAGCCUGCUCUCCUUCUUGGCUUGGUGGGCACUGCCCUAGGUGCUGCUAUAGAGCGUGAUGAAAUCGUGACCAGAUCCGUUGCAUUGCCUCAAUUUCCAGGAGGUGGCAUGCCUCCGGCCCCAACCCGCGAUGCUAUCCGCUCCACCAUCCCAAUCGGAAAUUCCCCUCCCGACCCAAAUAAGGUCCAAAUCAUUGGCCUCACAUAUGGCGGUACCGGCUGCCCUUCCAACACCGUUAGCCACGUCCUCUCCGAUGAUCGUCAGGUUAUGACCCUCAUUUUCGACCAAUACGUUGCAUCUAUUGGCCCUGAUGUUGCCAUCACCCAAAGUCGCAAGAACUGCCAGCUCAACAUCAACAUCCGCUACCCCGGUGGCUUUCAAUUUUCUAUCUUUUCUGCUGACUACCGCGGAUAUGCCAAUCUUGACAAGGGCAUUACUGGUACCCAGAAGAGCACCUACUACUUCUCCGGCCAAACCCAGCAGACUCACACUGAGACCAACUGGAAAGGACCUUUUGUUGGCGACUUCCUUGUGCAUGAUGAAGCCGACAGCGCCUCUACCGUCUGGUCGCCAUGCGGCGCUAAUGGUGCCCUUAACAUCAAUUCUCAGAUCCGCCUUAACUCGGCUGAUAACAAAGCUCGCGGUAUCAUGACCAACGACUCUCUCGAUGCCAGCUUCAAGCAAAUCGUUCACUUCCGCUGGCAGGAGUGCACCAAAUAA